CGGAACGUUUCAGGACUUAUCGUACAGUACUUUGAUAAACUGACGGACAAUAAACAGUGUAAACUGACAGAGAGUGGAGCGGCCUUGUCGUCCUACGUGCAUGAAAGAUGAAUGGGAAUCAAUACAUUGGAGCUCAUGUGUUUGAUAAUCUGAUGGUCAAUGAUGGUGCAAUUUUAAACAAAGAUGACUUGAUAGCAAUAUACUAUCACUGGCUAUGCUAUAAAGGAAAUCAUUGGAUUUAUGGCUCUUCGUCAUGCCACAGCUGUUAGUGAAAGGCAAGUUCAUCGCAUACUUCGAGGAAUGAAUUUAUUUAGACGAAACAACGAAUCACCACUAGAAGAUAUAGUUAGAGCAAUUUUGCAAGAAUUGUCCAAUACUGGACAGAAUAUUGGUUACAGAGCAAUGAGGAGGCGACUACUAAUUACUGAUCAUGACAUCAACGUUUCAUCAGAAACAGUAAGACUCUCUCUAUCAGUACUGGAUGCUGAAGGUGUUCUUGCUCGGAGUCGUCGUGUGUUUCGACGCCGUCACUACCUUAACAAAGGCCCAAACUUUGCUAUCCAUAGCAAUGGUUGGGACAAACUUAAACCAUAUGGAAUUUCCAUUCAUGCAGGUAUUGAUGGAUUUUCGAGACGAAUUGUGUGGCUGCAAGCAUGCAGCUCAAACAAAAAACCAGAGUACAUUGCACACUUUUACAUAAACUAUGUUCGAGAGAUAAACGGUGUGCCAUAUAUUAUUUAUGUCGAUAAAGGAACCAAGAACUCUGUUGUACGUGACCUGCAGUAUGCUCUUCGUUGGAACCACACUGAUCCCUUUCAAGGACUUUCCAGUUUCAUGUAUGGCUCCUCUCUCAGAAAUACCAGAAUUGAACGAUUCUGGAGGAAUCUUCGUUCUAUGUGUGGGCAAUCAUGGAUGGAUUUGUUCAAAUCAAUGACUGAACAUGGUAUUUUAGAUACAACUGAUGAGAUCCACUUGCAAUGUAUUCGAUAUUGUUUCAUAAAGCUUGUAAGCAAGGAUUUAGAAGAUGUAGUGCGCCAUUGGAAUGAACAUAGAAUUAGACCAAGCAGGAAUGCCAGAUGUUCUCUACCAACCAGAAGUAUUUGCUACAAAAGAUUUUAAAAUGGAUCUACCAGGAAAUAUUGAUGGCAUUGUACAAGAGUACUGCCACGCUCCACCAGCAAAUGGUGUGUGUGAUGAAUUUCAAGUUCUGGCAAAUCAUAUUAUCCAAGAACAUGGAUUACACUAUCCACCUACUUCAAGGGAUGAAGCACUUGAUCUUUUCUGCAACAUAAUUCUUUUCAUUGACGACAUUGAGUGACAUUAUGAUCCUAUUGUCAAAGUUCAUGUAGGAAUCCAUUUCGAUGUUUGAAGGACUACAUGUAUGUUAUGUGUAAGAAUGUACAAGAUAGGAAGUGACUUGGAAGUUAUAAAACUGCUUGAACCAGCAUGUUUUGUUAAUGCAAAUAUGCUGUAAACGGCAUUUGAUCGAGUCAAAGGCAUUAGUGGUAAACAUGUAUUUACUUUUACAUCUUCAACAAGAGCAAGCAAUUUGUUGACAUAAAAGAUUCAAAGUUUGCAUCACAUGAGGAGUUGUUUGUUAGGCGAUAAUUGUCUAUAAAGGCUGUUCGACACAUUAAACGGGUCAUAAACCCACGUUCAAACUUCUUAGACCUAUUGGUACUGUUCUUGCUGACUUUUGAUUACUUUCUUUCUUAAUAAAAUGACUGAUUAUACA